UAAAUUCCCAUUAGAAAAAAAACUUUCCAUGCAAUAAUCACAUUUCAAGAAACGCUCACCUUUGGUAAUUAAUUAUAUAGUUUGUUUUCUUUAUAAACCCCUAGAUUACUCCAAUCUGUAACCCCAAAACUCAAGAUAUGCCAAAGCAUCUUCCUAAAUCUCUUAGCGAUUAUCUCUCUAAGAUAAAAAAACCAUCCAACUCUUUUCAAGUUUCCUCCCUUUCAUUUUCUAGGAUCCUUUCCGGCUGCCGCCACCCUAGGACCCCAUCGUUUGCCCAACAAAACGCCCAAAACGACCACGACCACGAUGCCGCCACACUUUCAGAUAUCGAUCGUUUCCUCUUUGAGAAUUUCAGGUCUCUUUAUAUCAGAGACGACGAUUGCACAGAAAGCAAUCGAAACCACGACGUUAAGGCACGGCCCCAAAGUCCUGAGAGUAGUACCACUGCUACUCUGUUUGAGCCACCGAGGUUGAUGGAUCCACCUCCGGAUCUUUGCGGGUCAAAUCGGUUCUUCGUGGUCCCUGGGUCAUCCGGUUCAGUAACAGAGGAGGGCCAGUCAACGACAAGAUUUGGAAAGACAUGGCUGAAAGAGUCAUCGGAAGGGGAGGAGUGCAUCGCAGUGUUGAGGUACUCGAGGAAUCCGCAGGAGGAUUUUCGAAGGUCGAUGCAGGAAAUGGUGGAGGUGAGAGUGGAAGAGGAAGGAAAGGUGGUGAACUGGGAUUUCAUGGAGGAGCUGUUGUUUUGUUUUUUGAAUUUGAAUGACAAGAAAUCAUACAAGUACAUACUCGGCGCUUUCGUUGAUGUGGUAACCGCUUUGCGACAAAACGACGGCGCAUCCAAGGGGAGGAGGAUAGCCACAGAGAGAGGGCCAGACACUUGAGAUUAUUAUUAGUAAUUUUUUAUUUGAUUUUUUUAU